CGAAUCUCCAUGCAUUCCGAAUCCUCCUCCUCUCAUUCGCCAGCCUCCUCCUCCUUUUCGUCUCCCUCAUAGCUUACCACCGCGCCGGCAUAGAUUCUUUCCUCGUCUUAUCCCCCAUCAAAUCCCUCCGAUCAAUCUCCUCCGCCGACCUAUUUCUUCAAUCGGAGCUUCCGAUGCCGCCGGAGAAUGCGGAUGAGCCGUCGAGGCUGGCGAUCUGUUUGGUGGGUGGAGCGCGGCGGUUCGAGCUGACGGGACCGUCGAUCGUCAAGAACUUGCUGAAUGAGUAUCCGAAUGCCGAUCUAUUUCUUAACAGCCCGCUCGACGAGGAUUCGUACAAGUUCUUCCUGCUCAACGAUGCGCCGCGGAUCGCCGCUGUUCGGAUCUUUGUGCCCGAUCGGAUUGAAGAAACGGAGUCGUACCUUCGGGUCCUUAGCUCUGAAAACUCUCCCAAUGGCAUACAGGGAUAGGUGACUUACACAGAAGUUGUCAUCCAACAAGCCACCGGUGGAGC